AUGACUCCGGAGUUUGGCCUUUGGGCCUUUCAGUAUCCUUUGAUCCGCGACGUGUGGACUGGGCAGAUCCCCGAUGAUACUGAUAUUCUGGUGGUGCACGGCCCUCCGGCUCUAUAUGGUGACUGCGAUAGCGAGAAGGGACCGGAUGGAAAGAUCAAGGUUAAAGGGGAUGGGUAUCUAUUGCGUGAGAUACAAAGAGUGAGGCCCAAAAUGGUUGUCUGUGGGCAUAUCCAUGGGGCAUUCGGUGUUGCUGUCAUCCGGCACGAUGGAAUCGAGGACAUUAUGAACGGGCUGCAGAUGCGAUGGGAAGGUUACAGUAUCGUUGGAGCUCUCAAACAGACUCUAUGGAGCAAGAUCACUAUGGGGAGAAAUUUCGAGCGCCUAGAAGAAACACUCGUCAUCAACGCCGCUGUUGCACCAAGUGGGUUGAGAAGCGAGGAUAAAAGCGCAAUUGCUAUCGAUUUUCACUGA